GACAGGUCCCAUUUAUUUCUCCUCUUGGUUUUUGCUUCCUGGGCAGUGUUAGAAGCCAGCCAGAUUGACCUCUAGUUAGCCCUUAGAGCCCAAUGCUUUUUAAUUACACAGUUGCCCCGGUGGAUUGUGGAAAUGGGAAUAGAGGUUAAUUUGUGCAGUCCACUGUGGUGACACAGCCUCAGGAUGUGGCAAAGAUCCACUUGAGCUGAAUCUUUUUAUGAGGACACUGGUCUCUUCUUACAGGUGCCCAUCCUUCUUUAAUAGUACGUGUGGCUUGACUUGACCUUGUGGCUCUGUUGACAGGGACCGCUGAUGACUCCUCUAAGUCAAGAUGUCCAUUGUUCUUCCAAAACUUGUAUAUGCUGGGUUCUAUGGUCAACAUGGUUGUAGUUUGUAAGGAAGAAGGAAAAGAAAGGGAGGUGAGGAAGGGAAGUAGACCCCUACCUGGCUUGUUCUGAAGUGGAAAUGGCACACUUGAAAUUGAUUCCGAAUGAGGAGCUAAAAGAACAGCAGAGCGUCCAUUCAGCCUGGGGAAAUUACCUUAGCAGACAGGCCAGAGAGAGCUCUACUGUAUCUAACUCACACUAUAACUCAGUUUUAUUCCCUUAGAGCCCAACUCUUUGAACUAUCAGCCUAACGGGAGCGGUUUUAGAGAAUUGAGAAGAAUUCAUGGUGACGGUGUGACCCCAACUUUCUCCAACGACAGACAACCCAGAACAAGAUGGUAUUGACUUCAACACACUGCUGCAGAGCAUGAAGGACGAGUUUCUCAAGACGUUGAAUCUGUCAGACAUUCCCCCACAGGACACAGGCAGAGUGGAUCCGCCGGAGUACAUGCUGGAGCUCUACAACAAAUUCGCCACGGACCGGACCUCCAUGCCAUCUGCUAACAUCAUCCGGAGCUUCAAGAAUGAAGAUCUGUUUUCUCAACCAGUCAGUUUCAAUGGGAUCCGGAAGUAUCCUCUCCUCUUCAACGUGUCCAUCCCUCACCACGAAGAGGUCGUCAUGGCUGAACUGAGGUUGUACACGCUGGUGCAGAGAGAUCGUUUGAUGUAUGAUGGUGUGGACCGUAAAAUAAUCAUCUUUGAGGUUCUAGAGAGUGCCGAUGGUAGCGAGGAUGAGAGGAGCAUGCUGGUCUUGGUAUCAACAGAGAUCUACGGAACCAACAGUGAGUGGGAGACAUUUGACAUCACGGAUGCCACCAGACGUUGGCAAAAGUCAGGCCCAUCAACCCACCAGCUGGAGAUCCACAUCGAAAGCAGACAAAACCAAGCUGAGGACACCGGAAGGGGACAACUGGAAAUAGAUAUGAGUGCUCAGAAUAAGCACGACCCUUUGCUUGUUGUGUUUUCUGAUGACCAAAGCGGUGACAAGGAGCAGAAAGAAGAGCUGAAUGAACUGAUCUCCCACGAGCAGGAUCUGGACCUGGGCACCGAUGGUUUCUUUGGUGGGCCUGAUGAAGAGGCUCUCCUGCAGAUGAGGUCAAACAUGAUCGAUGACUCUACCGCUCGGAUCAGGAGGAACGCCAAGGGGAACUACUGCAAGAAGACUCCACUGUACAUCGACUUCAAGGAGAUCGGCUGGGACUCCUGGAUCAUCGCGCCUCCUGGUUACGAGGCCUAUGAGUGCCGCGGUGUGUGCAACUACCCUCUGGCGGAGCACCUCACACCUACGAAACACGCAAUUAUCCAGGCCUUGGUCCACCUCAAGAAUUCCCAGAAAGCCUCCAAAGCCUGCUGCGUGCCCACGAAGCUGGAUCCCAUCUCCAUCCUCUAUUUAGAUAAAGGUGUUGUCACCUAUAAGUUUAAAUACGAAGGAAUGGCCGUGUCUGAAUGUGGCUGUAGAUAGGGGAGGAGAGGCGUCCCAUAGCUUAUUUAAUAACUGCAAAUGUGUAUAUUUUGUGAUCUAUUUAAUGAGACUAUUUAAUGAAGGUGUACAGAUAAUAGAGGUGCCAUUAGGAACUGGGCAGGUCAGUGUGCUGUAGGAAAUUUGCAUUUUGCUGAAUAAUCCUGUCCCGCCCAGUUAUCUUCUUUGGAUUCUCCUUUCCCAGUGAUACCAUCUCUAAUGACAAAACACAGGCCCGUACCACUUAUCCCUUCAGUCUGUUUGGAAAGAGCCAGCCAUACAGGAAAUAGCGUUAACACGCAAAUAUUUGUGCACGUUCAUGCAGGUACACGUGAACUUAGGAAAAUCUUUUUGAGCAGCAGCGGCAGACUAUAUCUGUACAUGUGAGUGGCUUCCUUCAGAAUGUAUGCAUUAUAGGAUAUGGGAUUUAGGCCCAGAAAGUUCAUAUCGGGAGUUUAGCCAUCUAGAGAAGUGUAUUUUCCAAAUGUUCUGGGAAUGUAAAUGUAGUUCUCUGCACUUGUAUCCGCCAUGGCUCAGAGCAGUGGACUUGAUGAGCCUGCUGCAGGUUCAAGAUGUGGAUGGGGUUGUCAGAUCCGCAAAGCAAACGGCCAUGCCAGGCAACGGUGCCAGAGAUGCCCUUGGGAUAUCAAAGAAUGGGCCCCUGGGCCAUGUACUCCUGAGGAGACUACCUGGUCAAGAAAGAUGGGAUUGGGGGGAUGGGGUGUUUCAGGACUGGUCCUCCCUUAGUCAACAGGAGGCAAGGCCACAUGUGCCAGCCCUUAGUGCUACAAAGGGCCAUGGAGGUGGUGGAGGGAGAGACGGGGGAAGGGCACGGAUGUCCUCAGGUGUGGUGGUAAAACCAUCAUAAUUCUAAUGGGAUAAUUGCAUCUUUUUGGACAAAAUAAAAAGAUCCAAGACUAAGAGGACUUGAGAAGGAAGCUGUUUGAUGGGUGCAGUUGAAAAUAUUCCUCGCUUUAUGACCUCCUUCCCUAGCUGGCCACCUCUUCCUUCUCCUCCAUCCUCUUCCCUUUGUUCAAUUUCUGUCCCAUCAUGCCUCUCGUCUUCUUGCCUUUCUCUCCUUCAUCACCCAUGGUGGUGGGCCAGAAGGAGGCACCAGACAUGCCAUGACAGGGGCACCCGAAAGCAUUUUCCCUACGUGUGAGAUCAGCUAGCAAUCUGACUUCUAGACUUAUUCUGGAAAUUUAAACUUGAUUUGAUUUGAGUUACAUACCUUAUGCUACGUUUGUCAUGAGGAAUUCAGAAGACUAGAGUCCAAGCAAAUACACUCAAGCCCAUGAAUUAGCAGAGACACAAGCAGACGACUCAAACGUUGAGCUUGAACUUUGAAAUCAGCCUUGAUCUUGGAAGAAAUCCGCCCCCAUUCUUUUGGCUCCACCCUUCUUUCCAUUUGAAAUUCUUGACAGUCAGGUAGGUUGUAAAACAGAGACCCUGGUGCUGGCCCUACUGCGUUCUGCUAAGAUCCUGGGCCCUGUGUAGGAGGAGCUGGAGGAGGCAGGUCCUGAGUCACCCCAGCAUUAGCACACAAGUGGCAGAGUGACUCCCAUGAGAAGCAGGAAUAUGUCCCCAGUAUAUUGCCAACCCUAUCCUAUUGGUAUAUUAAUAAUAAUUGGUAUAUAUGUUAAUGCUGGGCUAGCUAUUAACUUCCUUUCCAUAAACUUCUUUGGCCUAUAUAUUCAGAUCGUUCUGUCAAGGACAGGUAUUUUAUGACUUUGGACUUCAACUCUGUAUAUCUAGUCAGUCAAAAUAGAAAUCUCAGAGAAGCUGUUGCACUGGAAGUGGAAUAUCUUGAUCCUCAAUGAGAACAUGGUGAAGACGUUGUGUUGGCUGAGAUGACUAGUCAACUAAGAAGCCUCCAUGUUAGCCUCGUUCUGACACCAUGUGUUCGAGUGCAUGCAUGAAUCUGCACGUGCAUAGCUGGCAUUGGUUAGCCAGGCCAGCAACCCUGAGGAAAUGGUACAGCCUUCACACUCUGUGGUACACCACACCAUCCCAUACUCCACGGUACUGCGGAUACUUUCUCAAGGACGCUAUCACAGACAUAAUAAUACAAUUUUAGCUUAGCAGGAAUAGUUUAUUCUAAGUUCUAGUCAUGUCUCAGCUUUGUCAUCUCAAUAGUUUAGAUUUGUCAUGUGAUGCCAAAUGGCUUGCAAACCCCAGGAAAACAGGGCAGCCAGGUCCUCAGAACUGCAUGCUUUCUGGCCACAGAACCGCCACUGACAUUAACAUUCUGAUACUAGAGGUGUCAGCUCUUGUAUCCUGACAUACCCACUGUGCUUGCCCAGGCAGCUCCCAGAGAGACUUUGUUGAGCUACUGAAGAGAGGUGACAGUUGAAGCUGUCGGCAUACUCCACAUGCUGCUAUUAGAGCGCACAUGUAGGCGGUGUCUUCGUGAUGGUCUUCUUGUAGAAAGGUGUGCAGAUAGCCAUGGGUUGGAUGUUCAAGUGUUACUGUCUCCAUUAUUGUUAUGAAUUUGCUUCCUUAUCAGGAAGUGGAGUGGCGAACGCCAUAAAUAGAAGCAUUCCUGGGUUUGUGUCCUAUUCUCCCUUCUCCCAGCACCGCUUGUUGCCUUUCCACUUCACCGACUUAACCUGAAGCCACGGAAUGGGUAGGUUCUCAGGAAAUGGAGACGUAACCGGUGCCUGCCCACGCCAGUCUUGUUUUCUUUUUAUUUCUUAUGCUUUGAUGGAAGAAGCUAAUAAACCCAACGAUUCUUGAGGGAAACUCCAGCAGGGCCGCUCGGCAGCCCCACCUCCCCACCCCCACCCCCACCUGCAUGGUCAUGUAAAAGUUUCUAGACUUCUUACUAUUUAUUGGUUAAUAUAUUUAUUUUUGUAAUAUAGUGUAGAAUAUUAAAUAUUUUAUUUUUAUGCGUGUGACUCCCUCUUGAAUAGAAUAGCCUUUUCUGCAGCUCACAGUGUACCCUUUCCAGGAGUGGAGCUCACUUAGAAUUUACACUCUAUGCCCACCUCUGCUUUUUGCAUCAAACUGUCCUGUUAUUUUAAGGGAUCCGGCCAUGACUUUGUGUAUUUGUGUCUUGUGGGCAAACUGUGAGCCCCUCCUUGUAUCUGCUGAUUUGUAAAUAGCAGAGUUUAACUGAAGUGCAAAUGUUUCUGAGGCAUUUUGUUAAUAAAUGGCGUGCCAUCCCCUAAGUCACCAUGGUUCACUUUAUUGUGAGAGGGAAACUGUGAGUCAUAGGUGAAUACGAUUGUUACUCCAUUAAUGCAAGUGGGAUUUAACUCAACAACCCCCAAAGAAGGGGUCUCUUUUCUGAAAAUGCCCAUUACCUCCCUGAUCUGCCAAUCCAGGCAAACAAUUGUACCAAAAAGUCAGUGCGGUGGCUCCUCAGAGUGGCCCUUCCAGCACCCCACCCUCUCCAGUGUAAAAGUGUUAGUCUGGGAAUUUAAUGAUGAAAUACUUUUUAAAAAUGGUUACUAGAGUUUUACCAUUUUUAUAUUCUUCCUGUGAAAAUUAUGUUCAUCUGAAGGAAUUUAUAUCUCAAUUUUUCCCAAAUUCAUAAGGUGCAGGAGCGUGUAGGCAGUCUCUUGUCACUCAUUUGUAGUGCGGUUCAGAUCCCCUUCCGUCCCCAAGCCCCACUCCUGCCCUCCUCCCUAGAGCAUGUGUGGUAGAAAAGAAACACUGGCUUUCUGUGUGGGUUUUCUUGUUCUCGAAGACAUUUGAUUUUCCACUUGUAGCAAAACGAUGGGGACUAGCACAUGUGGAAACAUAUCUACUCAUGAACACCCGUGGAGAAUGACCAUCUACAGGAAUCAGUCCGUUUCUAUCACACAUGCGCAUGGGUAUUUGUGAGCACCUGACCUAACCGCGGUGGGGAAAUUGAUGCUCAAUCUCGCCAAUAGGCUCCAGAGUAUCCGGGAAAUUAAUUGAUACUGGGACAUGUCGAUUCAGUUGAGCAGCCAUGUUCUUCAGUAAAGCAAGUUCACCAUUCAUGUCCAGAUUACUAGAAGUUAGACUAAAAUGAAUAUGGAAAUAAAUAUUUUACACUCUGUUCAUUAAACAAACGUGUACAGUAGAGUCAUCCUGUUAAAUAAAAUGGAAAAUUAUUUUGACAAUAA